AUGACGGACGUUCCGAACCCUGCUAGCCCGGGUGGUGAUGUCCGCCCGGUAGGCCGUACACCGACCAGUAACCCCUCGUCGACGUUGCCGCUGCUUUACGAUCUCGACGCCCUGGCCCAAAUCCCAGCGGGAGAAUUCACCAAAGACAUUCCGCCCGCGCCCAUAGGGGAGUUUACAAAAUCCCGCAAAACGUCGGCACCGACGGGUGCAGGCGACGCGGGACCGUCGUCGGUGCCGGACGAAUCGGGCGACCAGGAUGAGGAAGACUACUCGUCGGCGAGCGACGAGGACGACGAAGACGACCCGCGGCCCCGAUGUGGUGCAGGUCCGCGCACGUUGGAAGAAAAACUCAGGGGGGAACGUGCGUUCAUAGAGGAACUGUUGGACGAGGACGAGCUUGAGGAUCUGUUGCACACGUCGGUCCCUCAAGAACUGUGGAAGGCGACCGACUUUGUAGAGGAAGAUAUGGUGUACGCGUGCGUCGACGUGCUCGUGAUGGAGGCAAUGCGCCACCUGAAAACCAUAGAGGGUAAGAGCACCCUCAAGUCCUACAUCUCAUGGAUUUACCACUACAAGAGGUGGGCGGCGAAGAUGCGGGCGGGGCGCAGGAGCUGGCCAUCGACGGCGGAAGAUCUCGCUAAGAAGGGGUCCGACGCCGACAUUGCCGCCGUGCAUUUCUGGCGUACCCUCCAGAUGUUUCGCCGCAUUGUCGCCGAGGACCUCGCUGUAAAACUCGUCCGCACCCCUUGGCACCCGUACGUCCAGUACUCCAAGCUCUGCCGGAUUCCCCUCUUCCAGCACUGGGCGAAGAGGGUCGAGAAAACCGACACCGAGACCAUCAAAAAGCGGCAAGACCCAACCCUCAUCCAGCCAGAGGAGAUAUCGCUCCGCCAUGACGCCCAGUACGCGGUCGUCUCCCUCAAAGAGACGCUGAAGCUCGAGAGGGAGCGGUCAGCGGUCGAGAAGAUCGACCUCGAGGAGAAGAUCGACAUGCGCGACGCAACCAUCGCGUCGCUGACGGCCGAGAUAACCCGCCUCACCGAGGCUCUCCACACGGACGAGGAGGCUAGCUACAAGCUCAACGUGGUGCAGCCUUGGCGGAAUGCAACGAACGUGAGGGACGCGUGGCGCCUCUGGACCUCGUGCACCAGCGCCGACACACGUCGUCUGUGCGACAGGUUCACCGAGCCGGGUUUCGUCGACCGCCACACGCUCCUCGACGGUGCCUCGCAGGGAGCACUCGGGAUGAGGGUGCGCCGCAUGAUGAAGGUCAUCGAUGCGAUGCGCCAGCUUUGCCUGGGCGACGGCGAAGCCGACACGGAGGAGGUCGUCGACGCGCUUAACAAGAUAGCGGCGCCUGGCAUUGGGACCUUCUCGGAUGCCCUAACGGUGCUCAAUGCCGACACCGUCGCGACCUUUGCCGGUCCGGGUAAGGGUGUCAAGGGGCUCAGCAAGGGUCAGGUUUCCAAGCUUCGUGUAGCCUGUGCAUUCGUGGCGCGCGGUUUCAAGCUGGAAAAGUGGGUCGCCGACCUGUUCCCUAACACCUGGGAGGAGCAGAUGAAGGUGACGUUGGCCGACAUGGCCUGCGAGAACGACGCCGGGCAGCUGCCUCCGACCAAGAAGUCGGCCAAGCGCAAGAAGACCGCGUAA